AUGGAGAAGAUGAUCAAGCAUCAAGAACUGGUCAACAAAAACCAUGAAGCUUCACUACGAAAUCUAGAGAGGCAAAUUGGUCAGUUGUCCAAGCAAACAGUGGCUGAAAGAGCAACCAAUACAUUACCAAGUGACACCAUUCCCAACCCCAAGGAAGAAUGCAAAGCCAUCCAAUUAAGGAGCAGAAGAACCUUGGUGAACGACAAGAGGCCAGCUGAGAAAGAAACUAUGAAGAAACCUAUGGAGAAUGAUGUUGGCAGCAAAAAGCAAGAAGGAGAAAAAGACAAGCAAGACCAAGAGAAGCUCAAGGAGAAGGAGGAACCUCAAGCCUCAAAGAAGGGAAAGCAAGCUAUUGAGGAACAAUCACAAGAACAGAGGAAGGAGGAAAGACCAUACACUCCCUCAAUCCCAUAUCCUCAAAGGUUUAACAGAGAGCUUAAAGAUCAACAGUUCCCCAAGUUCCUAGAGGUGUUUAAGAAGCUAGAGAUCAAUAUUCCACUUGCUGAGGCUCUAGAACAAAUACCUCUAUAUGCAAAAUUCCUCAAAGAGCUCAACAAUAAGAAAAGGAGCUGGAAUGAGAGAGAGACAGUGAUCCUAACCCAGGAAUGCAGUGCAGCGAUCCAAGAAGGCAUCCCACCAAAACUCAAUGACCCUGGGAGUUUCUACUUGCCAUGUACCAUUGGUAACACAGUUAUUGACAAGACACUGUGUGAUUUGGGCUCCAUUAUCAACCUCAUGCCUCUAUCUAUGAUGACAAGGCUAUCUAUAGAAGAAGCGAAGUCUACACAGAUGUCAUUGGAGCUAGUGGAUAGAUCUCUGGUAAUUCCUGAGGGGGUGAUUGAAAAUCUCUUGGUCAGAGUAGGGAAAUUCAUAUUUCCAGCAGACUUUGUAAUCUUUGACUUAGAAGAAGAGGGGAAUGAUUCUAUCAAUUUGGGAAGACCUUUCCUGGCCACAGUAAGGGCCAUCAUUGAUGUUGAACAAGGAGAAAUGACCUUGAGGGUAAAUGAUGAGAAGAUCACCUUAAAUGUCUUCUAG